AUGAUGCCUGCAAGUCGAGUCUCCAGAGCUAGUACCAUGCCAGUCGAUAUUGGAUCCGAGGCCUCGGCAGACUCCAAGUCGAAAAUGCCUGGAAGUCUAGUCUCCAGAGCUAGUACCAUGCCGGUAAAUGCUGUAUCCAAAGCCUGGUGGUGGUCGAAAUGGGACCCUGACAAGCGAUGGGGCACUCUGAACAAGUACAAGCUUGCAGCGCAGCCACAAGAAGGGUAUUGCUUUUCAAAGUAUUUGGGGCAUGAUGCUAAUCACGGUCCAUACCGACUAGAUAACCUGGAUACAAUCCUAUAUGUCCCAGAGGCCGUGCCGGACGAGUACCAAAUUUCUGUUUCUGGUCUGGGCGUGUUAUCAGAAAGCGAUGCAAUGGGUCCAUGGCCCGGCCCGCCUGCUACUCGAGAGUUCCGUUUCCAAAAACUCGAAAACCACCAAGUCGAUCUAACAUCGGACGACUUAAACCGCAUGGCUGAUCACCCACCUGUCAAAAGAAUACUCGGCCGGCACCUCGGCCGCCGCAACGUCUACGUCAUAACAGGCAUGAAGAUUGUCGACGGCUUGGAGGUAUCGGAUGGUUUCGAAUUUUAUCGGAAAUUUGAAGGACGCGUCAUCUUUAGCUACCAGAUGCACGUGGUCCACAACGGAUGCCAAUCACUAAGACAAAGGAUUAUGGAGAAGCCUUGA